AUGGUGACUUCCAGCAGCAGCGAUUAUGAUUAUAGUUAUUCUUCCAGCUCUUCUGAAGAGGAUUCCAAAGCUCCCGCAGCCAAAUCACGAGCUAAGAUGAAUCGUACUGAGGGAGCGAAGCCAAAAAAUGAUGAACCCGUGUGGGUGCCACGAGAUCUUAAGAUUAAGCCAGACCGGCGUACUAGGGAGAUCGAGAAACUGGUCAAAGCUGACCUUGAAGCUGAGCGUGAAAAAGAAGAGUAUUGGGAUUCCUUGUACAACGAUCCUGAGAUUCAUCCGGACUUCGUCAAUGGCCCUGACAGUGAUUCCGAUGAAGAAUUUGAAGAGGACUCCGCGAGUGAUGAUGAUGACGAAUCUGAUAAUUCUGACAAAUCUGAUAACUCCGAUGAAUCUGACGAGUAA